UUACUGAAAAAUCUUCAAAAAUGGAAGCAAAGGGUUUUAUGCUAACUUGCGCACCUCCAUUACCACCACCACCUCCAACCUUCACCAGAAGAGGAAUUCAUCUUCAUCAUCAUCGUCGUCUAGCUUCAAGUUUAACCUUGAUGACACCCAAAUUAUCUUGCAGAACAGUUUUGAGGAAGAGUAAAACCAAAGAAGAAGAAGAAUUACAGUACUUAGAGGGGCUUCCAGAAAAAUUCCAUGAUGAUGAAUGGCAAGCUGCCCAAAGAGAAAAGACUAAGGAGUUGCAAAGAUUACGCGAAGAAGAAGAUGAAGAAGAGAACAAGAAGAUUGAAGAGUAUCGUGAGAUUGGUAUGCGUUUGAAGGACUAUCCUGAUGAAGAAGUUCGAGAAGCAAGGAAAUUGGUUUCGAGUUUUAUUAGAGCUGGUGAGGAAGUAGAGGAGAAAAUAGAGGAAGCUGCUGAGAGAGGAGAGCUGACUGAGCUUGUUCUCAUGGUUGUAUGGAAUCGCCUUGAUCUUGCUCGACGUGAUGAUGAGAAAGAUGCAAUCAGAAGUCUAGACCUCUUAUACAGGAGAAUCGAGACAGAAAUUUUGAAGAGGGAAGCUACUGGGGCCAUGAGAUUGCUAAACGAUCUCUUGAAUCUUCACGAUGGAUUUGAUGAUGAAGGUUGGCUGAAGCAAUGCAGAAAGAAAAUGGUGGAUACCUUCCCAAGAGAGGAUCCGUUCAGUUUGCUUGUUCCAUCAGGGUUUGACAUAAACACGCAUCAAGGUCCAUUUAGACCGCCGCCAGAAGAUUCUGAUGACCUUUUACUGAGGAUAGACUUUGUCAGAGAGGUAGAUGCUUUAUUACAAGAAGUUCGCGCUGAACAGGAAGAGGCUGAGACUGCAGAGGGAUUUGAUGCAGAAUCCAUUGCAAGUAGAUUGAAGCAACAUGAGAAACAAAGAACUAUAAACCAAAUAGAAGCUCUACUAAAUCUAGCAGCAUCUUUGAAAUGGUAGUAGUAAUGUGAUCACUGACAGAGGUCAGGGAACAAUGUGGAUUCAAGAAGUCACCACUUAUCAGGAGUAAAUAGAUCUGCAGUAAACUGCUGGCCUGUUUUUGAAUAGUGCCUUGAUGGACCUUAGAAGAUACGAAAGAGCGCAUCGCAUGGUAGUGAAUGGAAAGUUGCUCCAUCAUGAACAAUUGUCAGAGAAGAUAUCCUCACGGUUUCAAACCCCAGCAAAUUAGUCCAUUCAAGAUAUCAAAAAAAUCCUUAUCGGCAGCACAUGGUCCAUGAAUACAGAAUUUUUUAUGUGUUGCCUGAAUUUGUAAAAGACAUCUGAACACUUGAUAGUCAAAUACUGCAAGUCACUCUUUGAAAGAGGGGCAAUACUCCUAAAGUUUUAUCUAUAUGGUUAAUUCAUUUUUCGUUUG